CUUCUUAUCGAUUCAGAACCAACCAUGCGACGGGGUAUUGAUGACUACUAUCAGCAACUGAAUCCCAACACAAAGGUCCGCUUCAUGGAUUCUGUGCAGAAACUGCUCAAGUGUUGCGGCGUGACAUCUCCGAGAGAUUACCGGGACCAAAUACCUCUGGCCUGCUGCAACAUCUCAACCAGCUCCUGCCAGACUACGCCCAUUGAGGAGGAACACGUAUACUCUGAGUCGAUUAGCUGGGACGACCACAUGCACGCAUUCACUGCUGCCAUAAGGCCAACUGCCGUCUCUGCCAACGACACCUCCGGGUACAUGGUACCUUUUCGUGAAAUCGGAUGA